AUCAUUUAAAUACUGAAGUUUGACUUCAAUGUAUUUUUUAUUAUAACUUAACUAGCGAGAGCUUAUAAUAAUUAAAAUGAGUAUUUUUAUAUUGUUUAUCUUUUUUUUUCUAAGACAUAUAUGGAUUCCAAUUAAUGCAGAUGUUUUGCCAGUUCUUGGAAUAUCACCGUGUUUAUAUUCAGGUAGUUACGAUGAAAGUGGAAAUUACGGUUUAGUUUCACCAAUGCCGAUUUCAUCUCUACCACUGGAGUGCACAUCCUUUAUUUAUGAUGGAUUAAUAUAUGUUGAUAAUUUAGAUAUUAAUCCUAAUGCUCAAUCACUGGGUAUUAUAAGAGGUUUAAUGAAUUCCGGAAAAAAAUAUUUUUUAUUUUAUACUCAUGGAUCUUUAGAAAAUUGGAUAAAAUCAUUAGAAAAUUUAGAUGUUAACGUUGAAAAGAAUAAAAUGUUAUUAUAUUUUAAUCAGUAUUCAGUGACGGGGUUAAUACUUAAAGACAUAGAUUAUAAUUUUGAUUCUGGUUUAACUUAUCACAUUGAUGCAUAUUUCUACAGUAGUUUGAGAGAUUACAUAAAUAAUAUAAAAAGAACUUUUAUUAAUUUAAAAGUUGGAUUGUAUUUAAAUGCAAGUAGUAUAUUAUAUCAUGAUAAAAAUCCAACAACUCAAGAUUUCGUUGAUUUUACUCAAUUAAAUGGCGCUGUGGACUUUUAUAUAAUUGGAUUUGAUGGUUUUAAUCCAUGCAAUAAAGAUUUUAGAAACGGAACUGUUCCACUUAACGGUUCCCAUUCUUUGAUGACGUUGUCGAAAGCUUUAAAUGCUUCAUCAAUUGAUAGGAAUAAAGUUUAUCUUGAAUUAUACGCUAAUCCUAUUAUUGAUUCAUCUGAAUCCAUCUUACCCAUGAGUGGAAUAACAUAUACAAAACUUUGUGAAGAUUCUAAGAAAAAAAAUGAAUGGUGUGCAGAUAAUUCGGAUUCAUUCUAUGAAAAAGCGAAGUUUGCUAAAGAAACAAUAAAAGCACAAGGAAUCGUAACGAAGUAUAUUGAUAGAAUUGAUCCUACUGGAGCCUGCAAUUGUGAUUCCAAGAAUCAAUUCAUAACAUUUAAAAUGAUUUUACGUGGCUUUAAACUUGAAGAUCCUAUUACAGAUUGUACAGCAUUAAAUAAAAUAUGUUAUUUAAAUAAUCAGAAUUUAUCAGUAGAUAGUAGGACACAUAGUGCUCUAAUUCUGACAAUUGUUCCGAUAUUAUUUGAGGCAGUGCAGAUGUAAACUCCAUCGGCUUGUCUUCGAACAGAGUCAAUUGUGUACGAGUUUCCAACAA